AUGCUACAUCAACACCCGCUGCCAACUCCGAACGACGUAUUCACGGAAGUAAAAGGUAGCACAACAUUUACACAGAUCGAUUUCGCCAAUGCUUAUUUUCAAAUCAAAGUCGAUGAUGAAGCGAAGGAGCUACUAACCAUCAAUACGCACAGAGGACUGCUCAGCUACAAUCGCCUCCCGUUUGACGUCAAGUCUGCACUAAGCAUCUUCCAGCGAAUCACAGAUUCCAUGAUUUAUAAACUUGAAGGCUCCGCUGCUUACCUCGACGACCUUAUGGUCACGGGCCGCAACAUCGGGGAGCACGUCGCCAAUCGCGAAGCCUUGUUCAAGAGGACACCCGACUAUGGCUUCCGCGUUCGAGUGGACAAGUGCAAUUUUCCUAUGUCUCAAUGCCGAUACCUUGGAAUUAUUAUCGACUCCACUGGACGCCACUUGACCCUGCCGAGAUCGAGGUGUUUCGCAAGAUACCAAAUUCCACGGACACCGGUCAGGUGCGAUCGUUCUUGGGGUGCUUACCUACUGCGGACACUUCAUUAG